AAGUUUCAAAGGUCCGGCGAUUGGUUGAUUCAACCAACCAACACUAGUAGAACAAAUCACAAUCACUCUAGCGUGGUUGAAUAUUGCGUAGCAAACCACGCGAAUUUUAUAAAUUUAGAGCGAAUUCACAAUAUUGAUAUAUAUAUAUAUAUUGAUUUUCCGUAGCGAUCCGCUCAAUAUGAGUCCAUCGAUGGCAUUUCACGGGGCAAGGCACCACCAGUCGUUCGACAUUGUCGGCGGAGACAGCAGUGAAGAAGAAGAAGGUGAUGCGAGCUUAUCCAACUCGGAUGAGAAUGCCGCCGACGACGACGUCGUUCCCCAGCGGCACUCGACCCGUCCGUCGCCGCCAUCUGGACGACCGACGACCAAGCCGAGUACUGCCGAAAAUGAUACCUCGUCGCUACCACUAGACAUGCGCCGCACGCCAGCAGCUGCCGCCGCCGCAGCUGAUGUCCCCCCCUUAGACCCCAAAGCCCACGACGGCCCCGACACGAAUAAUGCUACUACUUUAACAUCCAAGCCAAGCUCAAAACCCAAAGGGAACAGCGGUAUUGGCAAGUUUGGACGGGCUGUGGGGGGCGGCAUUCGAACGAUUCUGCUGCAUCCAUCGGGCAAGACUCCUCCAUCAUCUUCUUCGAGUUCUGGGGACCGCCACCCGCCUCUUGCCCACGUGGACAACCACCAUUACGUGGGCGGGUACCUGCACAAGGUGAGCGAUGGCAAGUGGGCGAAACGCAACUGGCACGUUCGAUGGUUUGUGCUCGAUAUGGACCGAGGCGUGUUGGCGUACUACAAGUCGAACCCGUCGUCGAUUGUGCACUCGCCCCACGGCAGCGUUGCGUUUUACGACGACUUUGACCUGCAUCACCACCACACGACUACUACUAGUAGUAGUAGUACUAGUACUACUAGUACGAUAUCGGACACGGGGGACGUGACAACGACUUCUCGGCGUCGGUACCACCACCGAGGAGGAGGAGGAGGGGGAGGGGGGGGGUCACAUAAGCCACAUCCGUGGUACCGGGGAUGUAUGGACUUGAACGAGUUUCACGUGUCCCUUCUAUUUGACAAACAAUAUGGCCACAACGCCCCCAACAAGUAUAUUUUUCAAGUAUCGAGUCUCGGCAUGGGCGAUGCUGCCGACGCCAAGCGUGGGUUCCAGUACAAACUGUGCGCCAACUCGGAAGAUGAGUUUGUACAGUGGACAAGUGCAAUUGCCCAAGUGAUCAACCGAAAGCACCUCCCGACAACCGCCCUACCGACGUCCGUUUCAGUUCAAGCGCCAAAAGAAACAUUGCAGCAACAAUUACAUCGUCAAAAGCUGCACGACAGAGCCGCCGCCGCUGCCCUGGCGACUCCGCCUCCUGCCGCCACCUCCGACGAUCAUACGUCCAGUCAAGAACCCCCGAUUACCCCACAAAGCUCGACCAAACGUCCGCCAAGACGCCACACGUUGCCUCCCACAGUUGUGACGCCGUCGUCUUCCGUCUGUGACAAGGUGUGGCGCCUGCAGCUGGUCGUGGACGGCCGGGUCCCGUGCCUCGUGGUCCUCUUCUGUGUCAACAUGGCGAGUUUUGUGGGGCUAAACUACUUUGGGUUCCUCGUACAAGUACCGGUGAUGGCCCUUGCAACAUAUUACUUUUUCCGAAAUGUACCAACACGACAAGUGAUACACCACCGUGGACUAUUGUUAACCGAACCAGACGGGCUGCUUCCAUGUACAGCCACAGGCUCAUGCUGUCUGCAUCCUCCUCCUCCUGGUUCUCAAGUUGACGCGCUUGUCUUGGCUGGAGAUGAUGUGGAUGAAGGCGGCGGCGAUCGAUUCCAAAUGGACGAUACCAUGGAUGCAGGCAAUAGCAGUGGACCUCCAUCAUCUUUGUUUCAGUUUGACAUGCUGUCCAGCCUGAACCAAAGCACAGACGACGACAAGGCCGAGCACGCGUGGUCCCGGCACGCGGCCGCUUGUACGUUUAACGUUCGCAGCAAAGAGUACAAGAAGAGCAAGAAAAAGGAGGUAGCUAUUGUUGAAUGUUCAUCUAUCUAUGAAAUGAACGGAGUUGUAGCCAUCGCAAGCGGCGCUGUUCGAGUUUGUGGGCGUGGAUGUGGUGCGGACGGAUGGCAAGAUCGACUGCAUCGCCCAACAUGUGAACGUGCCGCCCUCCGUGGGCAACUCGCGGCUCUUCAUCUUGCAUGCCCAGAUGCCGUUGUACGCACCUUCGUUGUUCACGUCAAGUUACGACGGUCCUGGCGCCAGUUUAAUCAUGUACUGGACCAUCCCCGAGGCCGUGGAAGAGGCGCUGCGAACGCCAGACUCGCCGGCGACGCACCUCCUCGCGCGCUUCCUCAAUGCGUCCGACCCUUCCAUCUUGGAUCGGUUCAAAGUGAUCGCGCAGGUCGUGAAUGAGGCCGACUGCGGGGUCACGGGGUACACGAAGAAGCUGCUGACAAAGAACAACGGGACGCCCGUGCUCACGCGGCCGCAGCAUCGCAUGUACCACACGCCCGCCUACACCGAGGUGGACGUGGAUGUGCAUGUGUUUUCACUCGUCGCGCGCACGGGCAUCCAUGCCCUCGUGGACAAGACGGCGGGGAUGCUCAUCGAUGUGGCGUUCGUCCUCCAAGGCGAGUCGGAGGAUGAACUGCCUGAGCAAGUGUUGGGCGUGUGCCGACUCGUGCGGGUGGACCUGUCCAAGGCGGCGCAUGUCGCAGACGUCGCGGCCCGAUCGUGUGGACGGGAGGACGCUUGACAUGUGUGACGUGGCGCGGGGGGGUACUUACUGUAGGAUGGAACGCUAGAAAACGAGUGGUUAACGUGGGUUCGUUGUUGAUCGUAUAGUUGUAAUAUCAACACUAAAAUACUACAGGGAUGGAUGAUA